AUGGAUAUUUGCCCGUUUCGAAACAAAUCCCCAGAGGAAAGGAAACUUGAAAGGCUACCACCGUGGAGUAUUAGCAAAGAUCAAUCCGGCCCCCAACACUCUCCAUUAACACAGGAUAACUGUGUACAUUUACGCGAGAUGGUGACGGAGAAGUAUUCUAAAUUAAUUAUGAAACUGCCUUCCUAUCAUACGGAAAACUAUUACCUGGGUACACUAGAACUGUAUGGGCACUAUAAAGAAUGUUCAGAAUCUGAACAUGACCGCGAGUCGGACGACGAAAGCGAAGGCGAUGAUAUAGUCUCUUUCGGUAACACGUCCCGUCGGAUGACGAGAUUUGUCGACGAAUCUAAUUCUGAGGGUGAGGUGCAACAGGCCUUUGAACAAUCAGAGUCUGAUGAUGACGAAAAACCAGUCUACUACACGAAUCACCAGCAGCAUGGCUUUAAUUCAGAUGAUUCAGGUGAUUCAGGUGAUUAG